AUGGCGAUGAGCUGUGCGCGUGGCUGCUACCCGGCCAGUCUGCGGCUGUGCCACAAGCUGAACCGUCUGAAGACGCUGGAGGCAGACGUGAUGGCCACGUCUCUGAAGCGCUGCCUGUCCACGGCCGACCUGACGCUGCUGGGGGUGGGGGGCAUGGUGGGCUCCGGCCUCUACGUGCUGACGGGCACCGUGGCCAAGGACACGGCAGGACCCGCAGUGGUGCUUUCCUUCCUCAUCGCAGGCAUGGCUUCGCUGCUGGCGGCGCUGUGCUACGCCGAGUUCGGCGCGCGCGUCCCCAAGACCGGCUCGGCCUACAUGUUCACCUACGUGUCGGUGGGCGAGCUGUGGGCCUUCCUGAUUGGCUGGAACGUCAUCCUGGAGUACAUGAUCGGCGGCGCCGCCGUGGCCCGGGCCUGGAGCGGCUACCUGGACUCGGUCUUCGACCACCGCAUCCAGAACUUCACCGAGACGCACGUGAUGCGCUGGGACGUGCCCUUCCUGGCGCACUACCCGGACCUGCUGGCGGCCGGCAUCCUGAUCGUGGCCUCCUUCUUCAUCUCUUUCGGCGUGCGCGUCUCCUCCUGGCUCAACCACAUCUUCUCGGCCGUCAGCAUGGCCGUCAUCGCCUUCGUGCUGGUGUUCGGCUUCGCGCUGGCCGAGCCGCGCAACUGGAGCGCGGCGGAGGGCGGCUUCGCGCCGUUCGGCGUCUCGGGCGUGCUGGCCGGCACCGCCACCUGCUUCUACGCCUUCGUGGGCUUCGACGUCAUCGCCGCAUCCAGCGAGGAGGCGCGCGACCCGCAGAAGGCCAUCCCCAUGGCCACGGCCAUCUCGCUGGGGCUGGCCGCCACCGCCUACGUGCUGGUGUCCACAGUGCUCACCCUCAUGGUGCCCUGGCACUCGCUGGACCCCAGCUCCGCACUGUCCGACGCCUUCUACCGACGAGGGUACCCCACUGCAGGCUCUGUGGUGGCCGUUGGCUCCAUAUGCGCCAUGAACACAGUGUUGCUGAGUAACCUGUUCUCUCUGCCGCGCAUCGUGUAUGCCAUGGCGGAGGACGGCCUGUUCUUCAAGGUCUUCUCGCGCGUCAACCCCGUCACCAAGGUGCCCGUGGUGGCCAUCUUGGUGUUCGGCGGCCUGAUGUCACUCAUGGCACUGCUCUUCGACCUGGAAGCACUGGUGCAGUUCCUGUCCAUCGGCACGCUGCUGGCCUACACCUUCGUGGCGGCCAGCGUCAUCGUGCUUCGCUACCAGCCCGAGCGUAGCCAGCAGCAGGGCUCCGCCGCCCCUCUUGCCCUCCCUCUCCGCCCUCCUCCGCCGAGGCCCACGGACGAGACCUUAACCCUGACCACGCCUGACGGUGGGGAGCUGAAGGAGUACGAGUCCUUCUCGGACAAGCUGCAGCUGGUGGAGCGUGAACCGAGCGAUGGAGGAUGUGGCGGCUCCUCGGGCUACGAGAAACGGCCACAGGGCCACCUCAAGGCGCGCUGGGAGCCGUACCUGGGCCGGGUGCUGUCCCGGUGCGACGUGGGCGAGGCGGUGACGUUUGCGGUGGCGGCGCUGAUGGUGAGCGCGGUGUCCCUGUGCGCCGUGCUGGUGUUUGGCCUGGGGCCUCUCAAGCUGCCCGCCUGGAGUUUCGGCCUGCUCACUGCCGUCUUCAGCCUCGUCUUCCUGCUCAGCCUCGCGCUCAUAUGGGCACACGAGCAGAGGCCCAACCCCAACACCUUCCAGGUUCCGCUGGUGCCCUUCGUGCCUGGUCUCAGCAUCCUCCUCAACGUGUUCCUUAUGCUCAAACUCAGCCCACUGACCUGGAUACGAUUCACUGUCUGGGUUGCUGCAGGUCUUCUGGUGUAUUUCGGCUACGGCAUCCACCACAGCAAGGAGGGUCUGCGGGAGCGGCAGCAGGGGCUGGACGUGGCGGCCCGCUACGUGGUGCUGCCCAGCGGCAGCCUGGUGGAGACGGUGCAGUCCAUCCAGCCAGAGGGGCACGACAACACACACUCACACACGCACACACACACGCAGCCCUCGCCUUCGUCCUCCUCCUCAGCUGCCACCACCACCACCAAUGACCAGCUGCACAACAACAGAUGAGAUCUGCGUGCGUGUGUGCGUGUGAUUGUGUGAUUGUCUGUACAGUAUGUGUGUUGACGUGAGUGUGUGUAUUUUGAAGCAACACAAGAAGCAAGCUAUUUGGUUGUGUGUGUGAUUUUUGUUUUUUGCCUGAUUGUUAAAAGUGUAAUUUAUGGUCUUUGUAAAAGCCUUUUGUACUAUACCUUUCUCUUUCCCGCGCUCACUCUCUCGUCUGUCUCUCGUUGCUCUCUUU